CGCGGGGGUGGCCGGGGGCGGGGCGCGCGGCGGGCGCGGGCGCGCGCGUUAGCGGCGGCGCGUUCCGUUCCGGGCCGAGGCUCGCGGCGGAAAAGUUGCGGGACGGAGAGGAGCGGCCCCGGGACGGGCAGCGAGCGCGACGCCGAGCCGGUUCCCGGCGCCCGUGGCCCCGCCAUGGACGACCUGGAUGUGGAAACCCGAGCUCUCGGAAGUUCAGUGGGGGAGCUGGGAUUGGAACCCAGACUGAUCCAGUUCCAGAUCUGGUCAUCUUAAUUGUAAUGAGACGCCCUGCUGGCAGACUUGGAGUCCACCACUUCCCACAUCUCCAAACGGCCUGUGUUCUUGUCAGAGGAGACCCCCUACUCAUACCCAACUGGAAACCACACGUACCAGGAGAUUGCCGUGCCACCCCCUGUCCCUCCACCCCCAUCCAGUGAGGCCCUCAAUGGCACCAUCCUUGACCCCUUAGACCAGUGGCAGCCCAGCGCCUCCCGAUUCGUCCACCAGCAGAGUGUGGAAAUUCCCUGGUGAGACUGGCUGUGCGCAGGAGCCUCCUGUGGGUGACUGGGCUGUUCCUCUUUCUCCCCUUGAGGGAGGCUCUGAGUACUCUCCUUCUCACAGCGUCAGUCCCCGUCGCCCGUGUACAGCUCCAGUGCCAAAACUUCCAGUGCCUCGGUCCCCCAGGACAGCGUGGGCCCUCAGUGUCCCCGAGCCGGUGAGGAAGAGCACGUCUACAGUUUCCCCAACAAACAGAAGUCAGCUGAGCCUUCACCCACUGUGAUGAGCUCCUCUCUGGGCAGCAACCUUUCCGAACUCGACCGCCUGCUGCUGGAACUGAACGCUGUGCAGCAUAACCCCCCUGGCUUCCCCACAGAUGAGGCCAACUCAAGCCCCCCGCUUCCUGGGGCUCUGAGCCCCCAUUAUGGCAUCCCGGAGAAUAACAGCCCGCUGGGGGGCAAAGCUGGGACCCUGACCAAAGAGAAGCCCAAACGGAAUGGGGGCCGGGGCCUGGAGGACGUGCGGCCCAGCGUGGAGAGUCUCUUGGAUGAACUGGAGAGCUCCGUGCCCAGCCCCGUCCCUGCCAUCACUGUGAACCAGGGCGAGAUGAGCAGCCCUCAGCGAGUCACCUCCAGCCAGCAGCAGACUCGAAUCUCAGCCUCUUCUGCCACCAGGGAGCUAGAUGAACUCAUGGCCUCGCUGUCGGAUUUUAAGACCAGCUCCUCUGCUGUGGCCUUGAGUGCCCCGGGGCUGCUGCCCAACUCAGCUCCAUCCCCACACCACAUACUUCCCUCUCCUCUUCCUCCUGGAGGCCAUGGUCACACCCUGGAGGUCCUCUGCGCUGAGGGCAAUGAUAGUGGACGGGGCCUUCUGCCUCCUGUGGCCCCCAGCUGGCUUGAUUUGGCUGGCCUCGGGGUGAUGCCUGACACCCCCAAGUCAAGGUUUCCCUCUGCAGAGGGUUCUCUGGGGCCAUCUGGUACAGAGAGCCAGGCUCAAGUUUGGAGGGACCCACCAGACCUCAUGAGUGAGCUCUCCAGGGCUCCCCCAUGCCACUCUCUACCCCGAGCUGGGUGUACAGGUCCCCAGGAGCCUGGAGACCCCCAAGGGCUGUCGAGAAGUCCUUUGUACUCGGAGGGGUCUAUGGCUGCCACUUGGUCGCAGCCGUGGGCUUUGGAGGCACUCAGGCCUGAGACUCCCCAUGGAGCUACGCCCACCUUCCAGGAAGUAACCGAGCCAGCUGUCAAGGCUGUGGACCGUCAGACUGUGUUCCCAGAUACCUGGAGGCCCACGAAGGAACGUGGACAGAGGAAGGAGAGGGCAAGGCCAGAGCCAGGGGAGGCGGAAGGCAGCUACCCUGUCCCAGUUGAUGAGCAGUUAGGUGGAGAGACGCCCAUGAAGGGAAGCCUGGUCAGGCCAACCCAGGGACCCGAGACCCCCAGGCGGCCAGAGGCCACCACCGAAGCUGCUGCCGAGGCCAAGCGGGAACAGCCAGAGCUUCCACAUGCCGCGGUCAUGGACACCCCCAGCACCACUGAGAGGAUUUCCACCUCCGGCCAGAUCCGCUCUGUGAUCAGGAGGAGCCGGGAGACGGGCCACGCGCACCCCAUGUCCCGGGAGCCCUCCCCUCGCCGCCGGCUGGACCCCGCCACCCUGAGCAGGACCCCAUCCCAGGAGCGGCUCAUCGCAGAGCUGCAGGGUCGGCUGGGCAUCCAGCCGGAGGCAGAGGAGGCAGCGGGGGCAGCAGGGGCCUCCGCCGAGGACUGGCUGACCGAGGGCGUCAUCAUCACUGUGCAGCCACGCGGGAGGCGGGCCGGGGGGCAGCUUGUAGAGAAGGUUGUCUUCCCUCCUGGCUCUCCCAUUCCCCUGAGAAGAACCUUCUCUGUUCUGGCUUCUCCUCCUCCUGUCCCUUUGCUCCAGGAUCGCAAAGAUGCCUCGACCAGCAGCUCUUCUCCCAAGCCCAGCCUGCCUGCCCCAUCUGUCCUGGGGCCCUCAGCUCUCACCCAUGGUUCCUCUGGGGUCCAGAGUGAUGAGGCAGGGUCCUGGGAAGACGAUGCACAGGGUCCCACCCCUCCCCCUCCUGCGCCCCACACUGGGAGGUCUGUGGGCUGCCAGACCGACGAGGACCCGCUCUUCCCCCCGAUGCAGGUCCAGGGCCUGGAACAAAGAGCAGAUGGAGAGCUGUGCUGGGCAGCUGGCUGGCCUCCGAACGGCAGGCAGAGCAGUCCUGAAGGGCAGGACGAGGGAGGGUUCAUGGCCCAGGGGAAGACGGGGAGCAGCUCUCCCCCAGGGGGGCCCCCAAAGCCCGGGAGCCAGCUAGACAGCAUGCUGGGGAGCCUGCAAUCCGACCUGAACAAACUGGGCGUCGCCACGGUUGCCAAAGGGGUCUGUGGGGCCUGCAAGAAGCCCAUUGCCGGGCAGGUCGUGACUGCCAUGGGGAAGACGUGGCACCCGGAGCACUUCGUCUGCACCCACUGCCAGGAGGAGAUCGGAUCCCGGAACUUCUUUGAGCGGGAUGGACAGCCGUACUGUGAAAAGGACUAUCACAACCUCUUCUCUCCGCGCUGCUACUACUGCAACGGUCCCAUCCUGGAUAAAGUGGUGACAGCCCUUGACCGAACGUGGCACCCCGAGCACUUCUUCUGUGCCCAGUGUGGCGCCUUCUUCGGUCCUGAAGGGUUUCAUGAGAAAGAUGGCAAGGCCUACUGCCGGAAGGAUUACUUUGACAUGUUUGCGCCCAAGUGUGGCGGCUGUGCCCGGGCCAUCCUGGAGAACUACAUCUCGGCCCUCAACACCCUCUGGCAUCCUGAGUGCUUCGUGUGCCGGGAAUGCUUCACGCCAUUCGUCAAUGGCAGCUUCUUUGAGCACGACGGGCAGCCCUACUGUGAGGUGCACUACCACGAGCGGCGCGGCUCGCUGUGCUCUGGCUGCCAGAAGCCCAUCACCGGCCGCUGCAUCACCGCCAUGGCCAAGAAAUUCCACCCAGAGCACUUCGUCUGUGCCUUCUGCCUCAAGCAGCUCAACAAGGGCACCUUCAAGGAGCAGAACGACAAGCCUUACUGUCAGAACUGCUUCCUCAAGCUCUUCUGCUAGGCGCCCUCGUCCCUUCAUCUGCCCCCUCCCCUGGCCCAGCCUCCCCAACUGCUACUGUGACCCAGAGGCCUCGCCCAGGGGUGAAGGGGCAAACCCGACUGAAACUGGAAACUGUGUCCUCGGCUGGUGCAGGAUGGCAAGAGGGCCAUGUGGGGCCCUGCCAGCUUUUCUUCCCCCUGCCACAGCCUCUGGGCCUCCUUCCUCCUGCAGCUCUCCCCAGGCUGCCAGCUCUUCAUCCUCCCUGGAGAUGGGGACUGGAGGGCCCCACCCCACCCCAUGCGUGUCCCUACAAACUCGCCUGGCCAAGCCAGCACCCCACACUGGAGCCAUCUCUUACUCAUAUUUUGGCAGUAGAGCCAGCGGGGAGGGCAGGCAGGGUCAGAUGGGGUCUCUUUUUAUCCUUAUUUCCCCCUCGACCUAAUUACCUUUGUUCUGAGAGUGUUGGGGGACACCUGGCUCCCUCCAGACAAUGCCAGCAUAAAUCCAUCCAUUCAAAGAUGGACGUGCCCAAGGGGCCAUGGAAGGUUCCUUGUGCUCCUCCUGCCCUUCCAGUCUCCCCAGGCCUGGGCGACCGCCCCCUACCCUCCCAUAAAUGCUCUGGUUCUACUGAGAAAGUCCUCUCCAGCAAUAAUGUUUUGUAGUCACUUCCUCCAUCUCCAGGGAUGGCGUGAGGCGGGGAGUCACCCCAUGCCUGGCACUGUACUGACUUUGAUAGAUUUCUACACUGAGGUUUGAAUUCAUAUCGUCCGCGUUGCUUUUACUUCUCUAUACAAAAUGAUUUUGAAGACAUUUUAAAGCUGUCCCCUUUUGUACUCUACUCCUUAUCCACUGCCGCUGGUACUGUUGGUCACGGUGGCUGUGGUACGGGGUUAACCUGUAUUGAGGGCUUGGGGUGGGGAAGCAAUUUGUAUUUUAUUUUUUCUUAGCAUAAGCAGGUGAACUGGGAGCAGCUCUGAGACUCCCCUCCUUUAACUUCACAGCUCACCAGGACUGUUUUAUAAACUGCUGUAUUUUGAAACCCCUUCCUUAUUACCCAGGCCAGCAAGCUCUUAACUGAAACUGGCCUAAGGGUGUCUUGCCCUUUGGGGCCUAGAAUUCUGAACCUCAUCCGUCCUGUUCCUGAGGGAGGAGAAGAGGAAAGUACGCUUUAAGGGUACUUUCCUGUCUGUCUAAGCCAUUAGGAGCAUCUGCUCCCCUGUGAACUUUUUGGCAACAAAGAGAACCCACUGAACAUUCUUGGCCUCCUCACUGCUUCUCUUCUGCCUUCUCAGGAAAGCUGGUGUCUGAUUUUGACCAUUGGUCUUAUUGAUUCCACUGGGCGCAUCACUUCCCCAAAUUUCCUGCCCUCCCUGGAGACUAAGGGUCUGGGGAAAGGGCCCAGGUUGUUGCAAGGGGCCUGAAAGGAUUCUGGGCAGAGGGACAGGAUCCUGCUGAAAUAAUGGCAAGCCCCACAGCUCUCUUCCCCAAGGAUGAAACUGGAGCAGGCACACCUGGGGUUCCUGGUCAGCAGAAAGGGGCCCCAGUGGGGUCUAAAGUGAGGAAGAUCCAGACUGCUCUGCUAGCCUCAUGGCAGAGGCUGAGUGCACUGGGGUCUCAGGAGACGGUCCCUCCUUUGUGGCAGGGCUGGGAGCAGGGGAGGUCAGCCAGACCCCUCCACAGGUCUAAAGUCUCCACUUCCACCCAUAGGCCUUAUUGCUGUGUUUACAGUGACCUGCCCCAGGCCACUCUCCUACAGGGACUGGGGUUUCUGGGGUCCACCCUCUGGGUCAAUGGUUAUUUGAUGAUUUGAUUUUUUUUCUCUGUAAACUUUUAACCAGGCUUUUCCCCAUUUCAAUUCCUGUGAUUUAUGCCAAUAAAGUUUGCCAUUAUUUUCA